CAGAGCGAAAGAAGCCAACGGAUCAGUGAUUCUUACACUGUGCAUGUUUGUGUCUCAAUAUAUCGACGCCCCGUUUUCGCUCGGAAUUGUUGUGCAGAUACAGUUCAUUGAAAGUCGUCAAGAUGAAAGCAGCUCCAGUAACUGGUGUUAUAAUCGUGAUUCUGCAAGUGUUUUCCAUUCAUACAGCUCACAGUACUAAAGUUUGGUUACCACAAGUAGAUUUUGCAGAUAGCUCGAACUGGGCACCAGCAGGAGUGCCUGUCCCUUACCAAACGAUCGUUUUUCCAAGUAAACUAAACGCCCUCGUUAGUCUACCAGCGGGUAUUAUGACCGUGUCUUCGCUCAUACUCCCACAGCAGGGUGGAUUACUCUUUCCUGUACAUUCUUUUUCCCUGAACGUUGUGUCACAAGAACCCGCAUCGAUUUCUGUGGCGAUCUUCAAAGCUCCCGGUCGUACACCGUACUAUUCGGGCAAUAAUUGGGCGACUUACGAUGAGCAACGAUCUUCACGGCAACCACCGAAUGCAGCUGUACCACACUCUGAGCGUGUACCGUGCCAAUACGAAACGGCCGUGUUUGAGAUGGGAAAGACUAUGCCAAAACCAAUAGACAUGCAGUACCACGAAUCAAUCGAAGUUGGGAACGUGCGGUUUGGGGAAACGGUCGAAGGAUUAGACAAUUUCCACAACUUUAUAUCGUCCGAAAUGGGACAGUUUCUGUUCUACAAUGCAGAGGACACGCUAAUUCGGCAAGGUAAAUGUGCCAGUGCGGAGAAAUGCCCAUGCCAGGAACUACGUCAGAUGGAUGCAAUCUGCUCGAACGAACGUUGCGCUGCACCGCACUGCCUUUCACCAAUCCAAUCGUCUGGACACUGUUGUCCGAUUUGUGGCAGUGUGUUCCGUGUGAACAUAUCUCAGUUCCAAGGCGGAUUUAACUUGCAAUCGUUUACGGACAAGCUUCGCCGUAAGAUUGCCUCGUCGGAAGUGGACGUAACGGACGUGGUUUAUCACAUUGGAAUUGAUCGAUCAAUGGGAGCGAACGUAGUUCAGCUAAUCGUCGUAGACAAGGGCGAGUAUGGCGAAAAAAGUGUCCACAUGAUGAACAGUUUGCGGCCGUUCUUCGAGAAACAAUUUGCAUCCGGUUUCCAUAUUAUGCAUGCUGGGCAACCACAUACACCGUUGGAGGUAGACCAGGUGUUCACGGUUGUGCUAUUAUCCUUUAUCGUCGUUUCGGCAUUCUUCACCGUGCUUUACGUGUACUACUACGACGAUAUGCUGAUUCCGCGGCUAAGAGCGGCGGCUCGCAAUCGUCAGUUCUUUACGACUCCCUUUGUGUUCGCUCGUUUUCACCCGCACAGCGAUACCGACGGACUAUCGGUGGACGUUAACUUCCCGACCGAAGGACAACUGGCUGACGACGAAAGGGAGCAAUCGGUAAGCGUGGCUGACAUUGAGAGUCAGCACGCUUCUUCGUUUAACAACCCAAUGUAUGAAAAGCCUGCGCAGAAAACGGAUCCCGCUGACGAAGCGUUUGACGAUGUGGAGCUGUGUGUUAAAUAAUUCUUACC